AAGAAGGAAUCAUACUACUAGACCACCAGGCCACGUGUUAGUGAUCAUAAUUUUAUAAUAUUGUGCUUAGAUGCGCGACGCGUAUAAUUCAGUACCGACGCGUACGCUCAGCUACUACACUCAUCAUCACCCUUCCUUUCAUCCAACCAUGUCUUCCCAACCCUCUUCAUCUACAGGGCAGAUUGACCAGAGACGUAGAGAUGCUCUCAAGGGCUAUCGCGAGAAAAUGCGGCAGCACGAGAACACUAGUGAGAGUCUGAAGAAUCUUCGGUUUGCACUGAAGGAUCUCGAAAAGGACUAUGAAAAGACGGAGGACGAUAUCAAGGCUGUUCAAUCCGUAGGGCAAAUCAUUGGAGAAGUCAUGAAGCAAUUAGAUGAUGACCGAUUCAUCGUGAAGGCGUCGUCGGGGCCUCGCUACGUCGUAUCAUAUCGACCAGCACUACCAGUUGCAAAACUCAAGACUGGUACACGAGUUAGUUUGGACAUGACUACCCUCACAAUAAUGCGCAUAUUGCCACGUGAGGUCGAUCCGAUGGUGUACAAGAUGAGUCUGGAGGAUCCUGGAGGUGCUAGUUUCGCUGGCAUUGGCGGUUUGGGCGAGCAAGUUCGAGAAUUACGAGAGGUUAUCGAGCUGCCUCUGCUCAACCCAGAAUUGUUCCAGCGAGUAGGUAUUAAACCGCCGAAAGGUGUGCUGCUCUACGGACCUCCCGGUACUGGAAAGACCCUUCUAGCACGGGCUGUUGCAGCUACUCUCAACACCAACUUCCUCAAAGUCGUGUCAUCUGCAAUCGUCGACAAGUACAUUGGUGAAUCAGCGCGAGUGAUACGAGAGAUGUUUGGUUAUGCACGAGAGCAUGAGCCAUGUGUCAUUUUCAUGGAUGAAAUCGACGCUAUCGGCGGUCGACGAUUCUCAGAAGGCACUAGCGCUGAUCGUGAGAUCCAGCGAACGCUAAUGGAGCUAUUGAACCAGAUGGAUGGUUUCGACUCAUUGGGCCGCACGAAAUUGAUCAUGGCUACCAACCGACCGGAUACUUUGGACCCUGCGCUUCUUCGGCCAGGGCGACUGGAUCGAAAGAUUGAGAUCCCGUUACCGAACGAGCAGGCAAGGUUGGAAAUUUUGAAAAUCCAUGCUGCACCUGUAAACAAAGGCGGCGAUAUUGAUUACGAAGCCAUUGUGAAACUAUCGGACGGUUUCAAUGGCGCAGAUCUUCGAAAUGUGGUCACCGAGGCGGGCAUGUUCGCCAUCCGAGAUGAUCGAGAAUACAUCACCCAAGAAGAUCUAACGAAGGCGGCACGGAAAGUGGGCGAGGCCAAGAAGCACGAGAGCAAGCUGGAGUUCACAGCGUAGUAUUCGUACUCAUUCGUCAUUUCGGCAACCUUGUUUUUGUACCUAUUCAGUAUUCCCAUCACCUGAUCCAUACCUUUGAUGACUUCUCGGCGACGCCUUCCACAUCUCGAACUGCUCAAAACAGCAAUCCUUGUAUAAGCGGCGGUAAGCUGACUUGUGUGCGCACAGCAGAUCAAGCGUAAGCAGAUGGAGCAUCGUCGGGCAAAGUACACAGACCCCUUCCAGGCAGCUCGCGCAGCAUGGCGACCACAAGCGUUCCGCGCGGUGGUUCUAAGAACGCUCGGAAGAAUGUGCAGGGAAACCGAAG